GCUGUGGGAGUCGCUUUUUGGGGGGGGAAGUAUCCGGGAACUCGAUUCCACGUGGAUUUUACGCACCGGAGACGCGCAUGGCACCGCCGCGCUGGCACGACAGGAUGAUACCCUUCCCGACUUUAUUUGACGUUUGAGGGAAAAGAGGAGAGAGUGAGGGAGAGGGAGACGUAUGGUGUGGCGUCGGGGUGCCAAAGCCGGACUUGUCUCCUCUCCAAACGGUGCGCUUUGCGGUCCGGGUCUCACUAUGGGAUGCAGAGGCGCGCUGGGAUGCUGCGUGCUCGCCGCGCUCUCCUGCUGCCUCCUCCCCGGCUGCCGCGGGAACAUCACCGUGGCGGUGAUGCUCCCGGACAACCACCACAAGUAUCCGUGGGCUCUGCCGCGCGUCCUCCCGGCUCUCAUGAUGGCGCGCGAGGACCUGCACACUAAACACGGACUGCUGCUCGGACGCUUCAUCAACAUCCUGAGCUUCAGCACCGAGGACCCCGUGGCGGGCUCGUGCGCCGAGAGCCACGCGCAGGUGGUCGCCGUGGACGCCAAGCUCUACAUGCAUCCGGACGCCUUCUUCGGACCCGGAUGCGUGUACCCGCUCGCCUCCGUGGGGCGUUUCGCGUCCCACUGGAAACUCCCGCUGAUCACAGCCGGUGGACCGGCGUACGGCUUCGACAAGCGGGAGGAGUACCGGACCAUCGUGCGCAUCGGGCCGUCCACCACUAAGCUCGGGGACUUCGCCAACGUCCUGCACACGCACUUCAACUGGACGUCGCGCGCCGUGGUGAUCUUCCACGACCUGCGGAUGGACGACCGGCCGCACUACUUUCUGUCGGAGGGCAUCUUCCUGAACUUAAAGAGGCAGAUGAACAUCACGGUGGAGGCCGAGCCGUACCAGGACGACUACAAGGACUACAAGGAUCUUAUCAGCUUCAUGAAGGAGCGCGGCAGAAUUGUUUACCUCUGCGGGCCCCUGGACACUUUCCUGAACAUCAUGAAACUGUUUCAGAGGGAGAUCCUGGACCCGGAGAACUACGCCAUCUUCUACCUGGACGUGUUCGCCGAGAGUUUAACGGAUCGCAAACCGUGGCAGAACUCCGACCCGGACUGGGCCGACCCCAUCGGGGCCUUCAAGUCCGUUUUCGUCAUCACGUACCGGCCUCCCGACAAUCCAGAGUACAAGGACUUCCAGAGGAAGCUCCACGCCAGAGCUCAGAGGGACUUCGGCGUGCACUUGGAGCCCUCGCUGAUGGACUACAUCGCCGGCAGCUUCUACGACGGCUUCGUGCUGUACGCCAAGGCGCUGGAGGAGACGCUGGCGGACGGCGGCGCCCAGAACGACGGCAUCAACAUCACCAACCGCAUGCAGAAGCGCCAGUUCUGGGGAGUGACGGGACUCGUUACCACGGACGACAACAACGCCCGGGAGAUCGACAUCAACCUGUGGGCGAUGAGCGACCCGCAGACGGGCGAGUACGGGCUGGUCGCGUACUACAACGGCACCACCAAAGACAUCAUCUGGUCCCAGACGGAGAAGAUCCACUGGCCCAACGGGGGCCCGCCGCUGGACAACCCCCCCUGUGUGUUCUCCACGGACGACCCCUCCUGCAAUGACGGUCAUCUGCCAGUUUUGGGUAUCGUCGCUGUGGGAUCCGGCUUAGCGCUCAUCAUUUUUGGAAUCUCCAGUUUCCUCAUUUACAGGAAACUGAAGCUGGAGAAGGAGCUGGCUGGAAUGCUGUGGAGGAUUCGGUGGGAAGACCUUCAGUUCGAGAGCCCCAAUAAAUACCACAAGCGAGCCGGCAGCCGGCUGACGCUGUCACAGAGAGGCUCCAGCUACGGCUCCCUGAUCACGGCCCAUGGAAAGUAUCAGCUGUUUGCAAAGACCGGCUAUUUCAAGGGCAACCUGGUGGCCAUCAAGCACGUCAACAAGAAGAGGAUCGAGCUCACCAGACAAGUCCUGCUGGAGCUCAAACACAUGAGAGACGUUCAGUUAAACCAUCUCACCAGGUUCAUCGGGGCCUGCAUCGACGCCCCCAACAUCUGCAUCGUGACGGAGUACUGCCCCCGGGGCAGCCUGCAGGACAUUUUGGAGAAUGAGAGCAUCAACCUGGACUGGAUGUUCCGCUACUCGCUGAUCAACGACAUCGUGAAGGGAAUGAACUACCUCCACAACAGCUACAUCGGUUGCCACGGCAACCUGAAGUCGUCCAACUGCGUGGUGGACAGCCGGUUCGUCUUGAAGAUCACGGACUACGGCCUGGCCAGCUUCCGCUCCUCCUGCGAGAACGACGACUCGCACGCGCUCUAUGCAAAGAAGCUGUGGACGGCCCCCGAGCUGCUCAUAUACGACCGGCAUCCUCCUCAGGGGACGCCGAAGGGCGACGUGUACAGCUUCGGCAUCAUCCUGCAGGAGAUCGCCCUGAGGAGCGGACCCUUCUACGUGGAGGGCAUGGACCUCAGCCCCAAAGAGAUCGUGCAGAAGGUGAGGAACGGCCAGAAGCCGUACUUCCGGCCCACCACGGACAGCAAGUGCCACUCGGAGGAGCUGACCAUCCUGAUGGAGGGCUGCUGGGCCGAGGACCCGGCCGAGAGGCCCGACUUCGGCCACGUCAAGAUCUACAUGGCCAAACUCAACAAGGAGGGCAGCACCAGCAUCCUGAACAACCUGCUGUCCCGGAUGGAGCAGUACGCCAACAACCUGGAGAACCUGGUGGAGGAGCGGACUCAGGCGUACCUGGAGGAGAAAAGAAAGGCCGAAAACCUCCUAUACCAAAUCUUACCACAUUCGGUGGCGGAGCAGCUGAAAGGAGGCGAGACGGUGCAGGCCGAGGCCUUCGACAGCGUCACCAUUUACUUCAGCGACAUCGUGGGCUUCACGUCCAUGUCUGCGGAGAGCACGCCGCUACAGGUGGUCACGCUGCUCAACGACCUCUACACCUGCUUCGACGCCAUCAUCGACAACUUCGACGUGUACAAGGUGGAGACCAUCGGCGACGCCUACAUGGUGGUGUCGGGGCUGCCGGUGCGGAACGGGAAGCUGCACGCCAAAGAGAUCGCCGGGAUGUCGCUGGCGCUGCUGGAGCAGGUGAAGACGUUCAAGAUCCGACACCGACCCAACGACCAGCUGAGACUCCGGAUCGGCAUACACACAGGUCCGGUCUGUGCCGGCGUGGUCGGUUUGAAAAUGCCCAGGUACUGUUUGUUUGGAGACACCGUGAACACAGCAUCUCGGAUGGAGUCCAACGGAGAGGCCUUGAAGAUCCACUUGUCCUCCGCCACCAAAGAAGUGCUGGAUGAGUUUGGCUACUUUGAUCUCCAGUUACGCGGAGACGUAGAAAUGAAGGGCAAAGGCAAAAUGAGAACCUAUUGGCUUCUCGGGGAGAAGAAGGAAGCGUACGUUAUCUGAGAGGCGACGGCGAGCUGAGCCGCUUCUCCAUUUGUUCUAGAAUAAGUCCUGAUCGGGGAUUUCCACGCAGAGGAAAAAGAGAAGGACGCCCGUAGGACACAAAGAACAGAGGAGACUCCAGGUGUAUUUAUUACCUGGAUAUUGUAACUUCAAAAAGAAAGAAAAAUAUUGUAAAAGUUGUUUCUUUGUUUCUUUUGUAUGAACUUUGUCCGUCCCGAGCGCUUCUCACUGACACGUUCUGGUUUCUGUUGUGUGCUUUCUAUAUUAAGAAUUUGUAUAGUGUGUUUUUGGGAGUUAAUGAUGUAAUAAUAUUUUCCUUACAAGCGACGUCACUGCAGGAGCUCAUAAAACCGUGUUACACAGUACAAGAUCAUAUGUAUAUAUGUAUAUCCAAGAUACUGUAAGAUAUUUUGUUGAAUAAACUGAGUCAAACACU